UCGGCAAACAAAUACAAUCAAACCAUUUCAAGUAGAAAGCUCCGGCGAUUUAUUUCCUAGUUUAACGCGCUUGGAAAUCCCUGAAUUAUACUGACAAAUUUGAACAUCGAUCUCUAUUAAUAUUAUAGAGCAAAUUAAAAUUUAGAUUUUCAACAUAAUGCCACACCGCUCGUCUUGUAGAAGGAGUUAGUAUCUGCGACAGGUAACUUUCGUCAUCUAUACACUUGCGACAGGUUGUGAAUCCGGUUCAGGUUCCUCUUUCGGACACAAUCAUGAAGGUACUGGCCUUGCUCUUGGUUUUUGUCUUGGUGUGCAGUCUGGUCAUCGCUGGCUACAUCCACUCCACACGCAAGAAGGAGAUUUACCUGAAUAAACAAGCUUCCUUUCUAGAUAUUAAGUUCAGAGUGACAAGGGAUGUUCUGGGAGAAUAUCAGGAUCAGCUGACCCAAUCUAACUCACUGCUGAAAAAGUUAAAGCAAGAUGUGGUUAAUUUAACCAAAGAGCUAUCUGGAACCAAGACCUUAGUAGGGAAGAAAAAGACUGAAGUAGAAACCUGUAAAGGACAAAAGAAACAAAUUACAAAUGAGAUAGCAGCUACAAAGUCAGAGAAGACAAAUGAACAGAAUGAGUUUGUCAAAGAGAAGUCCCGUUGGGUCAAGGAGAUUUCCUCUCUAAAAAGACAAACACAGGAGUACAGCAGGCUUUGCGACUACAUUGACAAGACAUCUGUGGAGGGAAGGAAACUGUGUGGAUUAAGUGAACUGCCAAAACCAAAGUUAGUGGAACCGAAAGAAGCAGAUGAACCCAAACCAGAGGAACCAAAAGCUGAACAACCCAAAGCUGAACAACCCAAAGCUGAACAACCCAAAGCUGAACAACCCAAAGCUGAACAACCCAAAGCUGAACAACCCAAAGCAGUUAUACAAUGAGUAAAAAAACAAGUACAGGUGAAUUGUGUGUGAAGAAAUACCACGUCAGUGAUUUGAGAAUUGUAGAGGGGUUAUUAAGCUAAACCUGACUGUCUUGCCUGGGUUGAUCUUCAGCAUUCUUCAAGCAACUCUGAAAGGAGAAUGACAUACACUUACCUUUACACACAGACAAACACACAUCCACACACUUGAAGGUUUGUCUGAUGAAAUAAGCACACGUAUUGCCUGUGAAGAGUCAUAUUCCUGAUAAAGGUGGAUGAACCACCAGGUUAAGUGAGCUGGCUUCGUUGUUGUCUUCACUUAACAAAAUUACAUUGCCAUUAAAAAUCUAAAACAAGCAAACAUUUUUACAUUUUAAAACUUUCUCUGUGUAUGUUAACAGUAGCAUACACUGCUUUUUCAAUCUUUUUUCUCUCUUCACUUUAGUUUACCUUGCCCCUGUUACAGUAAGUGACUAUGUAUGAGUGUCAUUAUGACCCUCCCUCAGGCUCUGCCACUAUGGCAAACUAUCAUGCAUAUGUGACCGUUAGUAUCGACCAAUGGGAAAGCUCUGACCCUCUCACUGUCACCCCUCAUCAUCCUCACUCUGUUACCCUGGUUACCGUAAAUAUGUAGUCCUGACAAAAACAAGCUUAACCAAUCAGGGCCUUCAGUGGAGCAGAAAAACAGUUAGGAAAUUCUAAGAGUUGCUUACAGUGUAAAGCUUUCAGAGUCUUUAACUUUGGUUGUACACUAUAAAGAAUACUGUGAUGCUUGGAGUGAAAAUAAAGAAGGUCCUUUGUUAAA